GCCUGUGUCGGGCACUACUUCCACCUCCUCCUCCCCGGGCUGGAGGAUCUUCUCCAGGCCUUCUCCGAGGGCUCCGAGGUCACCUGAUAUCAAGGCACGUAACAGCGAGUUGGAAGCAGGGAGCGUUGGUUUGAUCAUGGAGAAUAGGCCCAAUAACCUACCAGCGAAGACUGCUUAUGAACAACUCAAGCACAAACAGGAGUACCAGCAGAUGGUGUCUGCAGCCAAGAAGAAAGAAUUACGUGAAGCAAAGGAAAGAAAAAAGGCCCAGGCCAACCUUCAACGCCAGGAGGAGCAGCUGGCAGCUGCUGUUGCCACUUGGAAUAACGAUUUCCUUCCCAAAUGGGAAACUAUGCAUACUCAUAAAAAAUGCAGAGAGUUGUGGUGGCACGGUCUCCCCUCUUGUGUGCGAGGGAAAGUGUGGAAAAUGGCCAUUGGGAAUGAACUAAACGUAACUGCUCAGUUGUACAAUAUUAUGGUGCAAAGGUCAGUGGAUAAAUUGAUAACAUUAAGUGAAUGUGGAAGUGUGGCUAGCCAAGAUGACAUCAUCAGUGACCCUGGCGACCAAGAAGCAACCAUUGACCUCAUUCAUCUGGAUGUAUCUCGUACAUUUCCACACUUGUGUAUAUUUCAGAAGGGAGGUCCCUAUCACGACCCUCUUCACCAUAUUCUAGGAGCGUAUGCCUGCUACCGUCCUGAUGUUGGCUACGUACAGGGGAUGUCAUUUUUAGCUGCUACAUUGUUGCUCAACAUGGAUGAGUCAGACGCAUUUAUUGCCUUCUCAAACUUACUUAAUCGACCAGCCCACAUGGCUUUCUUUCGUGUUGAUCAACCAAUGAUGUGUGCUUAUUAUCAAACGUAUGAAGAGCUGUUAGCUGUAAACCUUCCCUCAGUAGCUGAGCAUCUAAAAAAUAUCGGAGUCACACCUGACUUAUAUAUACUAGACUGGCUCUUAACUGUGUUUUCACGCCCUUUGCCGUUAGAUGCUGCUGUUAGAAUAUGGGAUGUAUACCUCAGAGAUGGGGAGGAGUUUCUAUUUCGAGCUGCAAUAGGUAAGAGGCAUACCAUUACUGUUGUCAUUUUGAAGACUUCUAUUUUUGUUUCAAUUUCCAUAAAUGUUAAAUUGUAGAUGUAGCUUUCACCA